CGCCAGCGGCCGUACCUACCCAGGGCUGCCCGAGCGGAGCCAUGAGCUGGACCUGCCCGCGUUGCCAGCAACCCGUUUUCUUUGCUGAGAAGGUGAGCUCCCUGGGCAAGAACUGGCACCGCUUCUGCCUGAAAUGUGAGCGCUGCCACAGUGUCCUGUCCCCCGGAGGACAUGCAGAGCACAACGGGAGACCAUAUUGCCACAAGCCAUGCUACGGGGCUCUCUUCGGACCCAGGGGUAAGUACCAGACCAGAAGGGGCCAGGGGGCAGCAGAACUCUCUGUGACUAGGAGCUGGAGGCUCAAGCCAGACCUCCCUAUUCCUUCUGCAGGGGUGAACAUUGGUGGUGUGGGUGCCUACCUGUACAAUCCCCCCACUCCCACCCCUGCCAGCACCACACCCCUCAGCCCCAGCAGCUUCAGCCCUCCCAGGCCAAGGACUGGCCUCCCCCAAGGCAAGAAAAGCCCCCUCCACAUGAAGACAUUCACUGGGGAGACCUCACUGUGCCCUGGCUGUGGGGAGCCUGUCUAUUUUGCUGAGAAGGUAAUGUCUUUGGGCAGAAAUUGGCACCGACCCUGUCUGAGGUGCCAGCGUUGCCGCAAGACCCUGACCGCUGGGAGUCAUGCUGAGCAUGACGGAGUCCCCUACUGCCACAUCCCCUGCUACGGCUACCUGUUUGGCCCCAAAGGUGUGAACAUUGGUGAUGUGGGCUGCUACAUCUAUGACCCAGUGGAGAUAAAAUCCAAAUGAGAUGUUCACAGGAGAGUUCACCCCAACUCAGGCCUCCCAUCAUCCCCUCCGUGGUCCAGUGGGAGCUGCAAAAUUCUCCAGUCUCAUGAGGAUGGGGGAAGAUAAGAUCCUGGUGACCUGGGCCUAGGCCCUGUAGUGGGCCAGAAAAUCUGGACUUUCUUUGCCAAUUCUUCCCUUUCCCAUUCCUAUCUGGGUAGGGGGCAUAGGCCACCCCAUUUUGAAUGGUGUCCUCCUGGCCUUCCCAACCCCUUUCCCCAGCAAAUUCUGGAGCUUCAACGUACUCAUAAAACUUGUGUUUAUUAAG